AUGGCUUCGCGACUCCUCGAACUCCCACGAGAGAUCCGAGAUCUUAUCUAUGAUUAUGUCCUUGUACGCGAUGUUAUUCCGGUCCAAUGUGCAGCCGUCCUAUCGGAAGUCGCAGCUAGCCGCAGCCCUGGGAUUUGUAGACAGCUCGACAAGAACUACCCGUUGAGACGCAUACGCGCUACGCGCCGCAUUUGGUACAUACCUCGCUUCGAUAUUGGUCUGACCUCCGCGGCGAACGAUUCAGGGGAGCUGAGGAACAUCCAGAUGACGUACCAACUGGGAAUGCCAUCAGAUAUGCUGUCCAGCCGCAGGAUAGAAAUUCGGCUGUUGCAAACAUGCCGACAAAUUUACCACGAAGCUAGGAAGUCCUUCUACGGAAAAAAUCUGUUUAGCUUUACAGCAGACUUUAGCGUCCCGACUGCGUUCGCGUUCCUGUGCGACAGGCCUGCCACAUCCCUGAAGCUUAUCUCGUCAAUCAAGCUUGUUUUAGUGGAGGCGAGCAACUUGAGGGGCACUAUAGGAGCUCAUUAUCCUGUGCUUCGCAGGUCAACAGACUCGCUGGUGUUGCAAUUCGCUUACAACCACUUCACGGAUCUUU